GCGCUCUAUGUCGUCGCGACUCUGUGGUCCUGUUGGUUUGGUUGUCGUACAGAGAGGGCGGCGAAUAAAUAAAAGUGUUUCGUUUGUAGGUUUAAACGCAAAUUAUAAUCAGUAAACCGAGUUCGGCAAAGGGUUCUCUAGUGGGGAGCGAUCUAAGGAGAAAACCGGAAAGUAGAGGUACUUAGAAUGGAACCCGAGACAGCCUCCCUACUUUUCAGGCUGAGGUCUGGACAGAUACAGGUUGGAGCUGUACAGAAAAUGUCAUUUCCUCCUCACAUGAAUCGCCCUCAAAUUGGGAUCCCCCCUCUUCCGCCAGGAAUCCCCCCUCCCCAGUUUGCAGGCUUUCCUCAGACUGUACCUCCAGGGACACCUAUGAUUCCAGUUCAUAUGGGCAUUAUGACAUCUGCUCCUACUGUCCUGGUCCCCACUAUGCCCAUGGUAGGGAAGCCAAUGGGACCUCGCAAAGACUUCCCUGGCAUGAGAAACAAGGAGAACGAUGAGAGCAGUGGCCCAACCACGACAGUCUUUGUGGGAAACAUCUCAGAAAAAGCUUCAGACAUGCUUAUUCGGCAACUGUUAGCCAAAUGUGGCUUGGUACUAAGCUGGAAAAGAGUUCAAGGAGCUUCUGGAAAACUCCAAGGUAAAAACAGAACAGCGUUUGGUUUCUGCGAGUACAAGGAGCCUGAAUCCACACUCCGCUCACUACGGUUGCUGCAUGAGCUGCAGAUUGGGGACAAGAAGCUACUGGUGAAAGUGGAUGCCAAGACCAAAGCACAGCUGGAUGAGUGGAAAGCCAAGAAAAGGAGUGCAAAUGGGAGCACGAAGCCUGACUCGAGUGUGGAUGAGGUGGAGGAGGAGCUGGACGACGAGACGAAGCGGCGCGACCAGAUCGUGAAGGGUGCCAUCGAGGGGCUGAUCCGCGAGUACUCCAGUGAGCUCAACGCCCCAUCCCAGGAGGCAGACACACACCACAGGAAAAAGAAAAAGGAAAAGAAGGAAGACGAAGAUAUAAAUGCAAUAGACAUGGAAGAAGACAAGAGAGACCUGAUUUCUCGAGAGAUCAGUAAAUUCAGAGACACACACAAGAAACUUGAAGAAGAGAAAGGGAAGAAAGAAAAGGAGAGGCAGGAGAUUGAGAAGGAGCGGCGGGAGAGAGAGAAGGAGCGGGAGCGGGAGAGGGAGAGGCGUGAUCGGGAGAGAGAGAGGGAGCGAGAGAGAGAGAAGGAAAAAGAGGAGCGGGAGCGGGAGAGGGAGAGAGACCGGGAGAGGACCAAGGACAAAGAGAGAGAGCGAGAAAGAGAGCGUGAGAAAGAACGAAGCCGGGACCGCAGCAAGGAUCGCAGCCGAUCGCGGGAGAAGAGUCGCGAUAAGGACAAGAAGCGUGACCGUGAGGAAGAUGAGGAGGAGGCUUACGAGCGCAGGAAACUUGAAAGGAAACUGCGUGACAAGGAAACUGCGUACCAGGAGCGGCUUAAAAACUGGGAAAUUCGGGAGAGGAAGAAGGCUCGGGAAUACGCAAAAGAAGCAGAACGGGAAGAAGAGAGAAGGCGAGAAACGGCAAAAGAAGCCAAAAGACUGAAGGAGUUUUUAGAAGACUAUGAUGAUGACCGGGAUGAUCCUAAAUAUUACAGGGGCAGUGCUCUCCAGAAGCGCCUGCGAGACAGAGAGAAGGAGAUGGAAGCAGACGAGCGAGACCGGAAGCGUGAGAAGGAAGAGCUGGAGGAGAUCAGACAGAGGCUGCUGGCAGAGGGGCACCCAGACCCCGAUGCAGAGCUGCAGAGAAUGGAGCAGGAGGCAGAGUGGCGCCGGCAACCCCCAGUGAAGCAGGAGCCAGAGUCGGAGGAGGAGGUAGAGGAGGAGAAGCCUCCCCAGAAGGAAGAGAGGAGGGAGGUGGAGCUGGAGCCAGAGUCGGAGGAUGAUGUGGAGGAAGGGGAGGAGCCGGAGGAGGAAGAGGAGGAGCAGGAAGAGCUCCAGGAGCCGAAGCCUUGCCUCAAACCCACAUUGCGGCCCAUCACCUCUGCACCCUCAGUCUCCUCGGGCAGCGGCGGUGCUACCCCGAACACGCCUGGCGAUGAGUCCCCCUGCGGCAUUAUCAUCCCCCACGAGAACUCCCCCGAGACACACCCGCAAGAGGAGCUACGGCCCAAGAUAGGGCUCAGCCUCAAACUCGGCUCGUCAAACAGCCCGAGCCAGCCCAGCAUUGGGAAGCGGAAGAAGCUGGUGGUGGACAGCGUGUUCAACAAGUUUGACAACGAGGAGAGCGACGAGGUGCCUCGCAAAAGGAAGCUGGUGCCGCUGGACUACGAGGAGGACGAGAAAGGGGGCGGCAAGGGCAACGUAAACACAGAAGAGAAGCGCAAGCACAUAAAGAGCCUGAUUGAGAAGAUCCCCACCGCCAAGCCAGAGCUCUUCUUAUACCCCCUGGACUGGUCCAUCGUAGACACGACACUAAUGGAGCGUCGAAUCAGACCCUGGAUCAAUAAGAAGAUCAUUGAAUACAUAGGAGAGGAAGAGGCAACACUAGUGGACUUUGUAUGUUCAAAGGUUAUGGCUCACGGCACACCACAAGGCAUUCUAGAUGAUGUUGCUAUGGUAUUGGACGAGGAAGCGGAAGUCUUCAUAGUGAAAAUGUGGAGGUUAUUGAUAUAUGAAACUGAAGCAAAGAAAAUUGGACUGGUGAAAUGAAAUAAAAAACAAAGCGACAAAAGAAAGGGGGGAUAAUGAUUUGAACUAAUUCCCGUUUUGGCUUUCUUUUCUUCCAUCAUUAAAGCCUACAACUGAGUUUUUUUUUUCUUUUUCGUUCUCCCUCAUGGUCUUGAUUGUCCACAGAGGGGCGUCUGGAUUGUUAAACUCGACAAUGUGAAAGGAUGUGUUCUUCGUUUCUUUCUGUUACCCCCUUCUGCCAAUGACAAAGGUGUACAUUUUACUGGACUUUUGUUUCUUUGUGCACUAAUUUUAGUGUAUCCAGAUAAACUACUGGUAAUAGCGCAUGGUCAAACUUAAUUUUUCAAGUCUGGUUGCUUAGUGGUUCGAAUGCUGAACUAGAAAGUAGUGGUUCUGUGUCUUUAACCAGUGCAAUGUCAGAUGUCUAUUGAAAUUUGAUAUGUUUAUAUAUAAACAAUGGCUGUUGACAGGGUGCUGCUUAGGGAGUGAGGAAGUCUGAAAUAUUUGGACUUUAGAAGAUACAAUGUCCUGUAAAGUGCUAGGGAUGCAGUGUUCCAAUUCAGUGUCUCCAGCAUAGUUUAUACACAGGGAUUGGAAAUACUUUUUACAGUUUUUUUUUUUUUUUUUUUUUUUUUUUUUUUUGUGGUUUU